AUGCCGCCGUCGUCAGGCAGCGCAAUGGAGCGGGGCGUGCUAGAAUACUUGGUCAACCAUGUGUUUCUGCCGCCUAAAACACCCCAGGCGGAUGACGAAGAUGUUCACAAGGAGCAUGCCAUGAUCCAGUCGGUCCUGGAGGGGAGCUAUGAACUACACCGAAAAUGUCCUAGGGAGAUGGCUCGGCGGCUGGAGGGGGCUAUCCGGAUGCUGCAGCGUCUGGUCAGGAUGCAGCCUGGUUUGGACGGCAAGAGUAAGAAAGCAGCGAUGAGAGAGGCGAUAUGGGAACUGAAGGAGGGGGAACACGCUGUAUUCUACAUACGCGCCCAGAACGCCGGCAUUCUCAUGACCGGUCGCAAGGACGACAUCUUGGUCGAGGCAUUUGAGCUUCUUCCUCCCAACAACGCAGGCAUGUCUUGCGCGGGACGCCUCAUCAGGUCCUUCCCCGACUGCGCAGCCGCCGUGGACCGCGACAUGAUGCACAACCCCAAGUUCCUCGACCAACUCGUCAACCAAUUCUAUCUGCUCGAACUCUACGAGUCCCCUCUGGCGCAGCCAAAAAGCAACAAGUCCGGCAGCACACACGCGGAGGGACGGGACACCAACUCCCCAUUCCUAGUCACGGAGAUGGUGAUGAGCACGCUGACUGGGCGCGGCCGGAAGGCUGUUACACCCCGGUGCAUCACCAAGCAGACCCGGGAACAGACUGGUUGGGACAGCGAUUUCGGGUCGUUUCACAGGUGCGCGGCGUGGCUGCUUUUGCGUGUGGGGCUACGUCUGGUGCUGGACCGCAGUGCGCCGCGCGAUGAGAAGUACUCGCUGUACAAAGCGCUGAUCGCUUUUUAUCAUGCGCAUCUGGUGCGGGAGGCCAUACGCGUUGGGUUGGAUAGUGAUCUUUGCUUUUCCAUGGUUGCCAAAGUUGUUCGAAGGAUGAAGAAACUGGGGUUGGAAAAAGGCACUGCCUGGGUGGAUGGUGUGUGGGAUGUUGUUGCGGCCGCGAACCAGGAGCUUCAGCGGCGGUGGACGAAGAUACAGGAGAACAACGAAGGCAAGGCCUCCACGACCACACGGCUCGAAGACCUCGACUUUGAGAGCGACACAGAACUCCGGCUGCGUACCCUCGGCCCUCAUGUGAUCAAGAUGCUUUCCCGCUCGACUGAUGACAAACACCAGGCCGGACCAGGAGACAUGAGCACGUGCUUGACAUAUCCAGCAGCCAACUUGCCCACAUUCACAAAGCAAAAUCCUGGCUCGUUUGAUUUUCUCGAGUUAGAAUCCUGGAUUGAGAACAGCCUGGCCCACUGGGUAACCGUUAGCCUUAAGAAUAGCUGCGGAAAUAGCAGCAAAGCCAUUUCCUACCUCCAGCAGCUCCGGGACCUCAUCGACAAUUACUACGGGGAGGCCUCCACUGCGUACGCCGGAAUCCCGGAAGCGUUGUCUUGCAUGUAUCUCAACAUCAUGGACCUGUGGGUAGCCCUGGACAAAAUUGCGGGCCAGGCUGUACCCUUACUGCUGGAGUACGACCCGGGUUUCACGCGUGACAUUCUCCAACAUCUUCUCCUACCAACCCGGGCCCAGAUGGAACGACUAGAUGCCAUCGAGACCUACCUCCUCCAGCGCCGCAACGGCCCAUACCACCACGCAUUCGCCCUCAUCGGCCACCGCGCCUCCUUCGCGAACCGCUUCUUUGAUUCCUCUCGAGACCACCAACAGAAGCUCACGGCGAUGCUCAAACAGCUCGACGACGCCCAAGCCCAGCGGAUCAAGGAAUACCACGCGAUGCGCAGUAAACAUAGGUCACUCACAUCCAAGCGUAGCAACGUCGACCACAACAGGAUACGCAAAGGACGCAAGAAAAACACGUGCGUGGAAGACUGCGAAGCCUGCGCCCUUGACCUCCAGAUUUCCGCCCUCUGCAUCGACAUCUUCGAGUACCCCCUGCCAACCGAUUCCAACCUCUGUAAAGCCAUCACCUUUGAGAUCAACGUGCCCCCCGUCGUGUCUCGCUGGCGGAACGUUACAGCUACGCUAUUCCACACCAUCUUCCGCAACCCAGGUACGCUAGAGACCAAAAGCAAGGAGAAGAUCUAUCCGGCCGCCCAGCACUCCGGCCUGGCACGGUUUGGCCCCACAACGAGUCAUAUACAGCUGGCAUCGAUGACCAAGCCGCUGGAGGCGUCACAUUACCGGAGUAAGCACAUCAGCACGCUGAUGACGGAGGAUGCGGUGUGGGAACGGCCGCCGUGGAGGAAUUAUGAUUAUUUCCAUGCGGAGGGCAAGAUUAUGUACCGGGAUCUGUUUGCGGAUGCUACUGUGCCUAGCCGAUGUUCGUUCGCCAAGCACCAACUCGAACAACAAGACACAAGGAACUUGCUGGUCUCAUGGACCCGCACAACGAACCAUACCUCCAACGAGGUCAUCGCCUCCCAAGCCUCCUGUCCAACCGAUUUGUCACUGGCUGAAUUCCGCGCCCUAGGUCAUCUGCGUGCCGACAGCCGGCUGCAGUGGGCGAAUGUACUCUGCCAGCUGCGCAUGCCGGCUGUGGACUGGAAUGCGUUGGGGACGGCAUGGGUGGUGCUGCAGGCGUGUUUGGAAGUGGGACCUACUUUGGAGAGGGAAGAGAGGAUAUUUAGGGAAGCACACCAAGAUCUGCGCAGUGAGACGUUUCUGUCAGAACUUACGGCCGCGCUGGACGCAGCGUUGGGGAGGGUACAAGAGAAUUGGCAGAAUGAUGUCGCGGUGUGUAUGCUGGUGUGUAUUGCGACGCGGGUUCUGUCGCUCACCGGUACCACUGCCAGCAGCACCACAGCCGGCACCACUACUUCCACCGUAGAUUCAUCGCCAGCAUCGCCGCCCCCGCCGUCAUCUUCCUCAUCGUCAUCGUCAUCAUCGUCGUCGUCGUCAUCGCCGUCAUCGCCUCUCAUCACCAGCGCGUCACCCCUACAAACCAACCUGCUAUCUUUCCUAUCCCGAGCGAGAACGGUCACCUUAGCCUGGGCACGCAACCUCCGCUCAGAACGCGCAACCCGCAGCGACGAGACAGAACGAACAGACCUAGGCCGACGCGCGUUGGUGGCUGCACUCACCUGCUUGGGAACGUUUGAUGUACACCCUGACCUGCUGGAUGACCUGGUCAGAGAGGAAGACAACAUGGGCGCGUUGGUCGAGGCCGCUGUCAUCUCACAGGUGCAUUUACCAGCUGAGGCAAAAGGGCUCGAGCCUGUGUUGCGGCUGUUGGUGCGCCGCUGGCGGGGCAUUAUGCACCGAGGGAUGGAUGCCCUCACGAAAAGGAUUGUGAAGACAGACUGUACCGGCUUCCACAAUGCCAUCAAGAUGUUCUGGACAGAGUAUUCCACCUCAGGAUGGACGAUACUGCCCGGAAGUCAGCGCCAUAUCGUUCAGGCCGAGGUCGGUCGGGAUGAUAACCGGAAGAUUGGCGUGACGUUUAAUCUGCUCGAGGGCAGGUUGUUGGUCAACGGGUUCCCGUUCUCACGGCUGCCGGCCGAGUAUGAGAUGGCGUCGGCGUACAAUGAGCUGUUUGGGACGGACGUGCUGGAGGUGGUGCCGUCGCAAAGGCAGGGUAUGCGUUUUGUAGGGUCGAGGAGGAGGAAGAGCUGGGAGGUUCAUUUUGCUAUGGAUGGGGGAGAUCUGGUGAUUCGGGCGUUUCGGGGUGUUCGUACAGAGCACAGGAAAGAGCAAGGGGAUGAAGAAGGGUGGGAGUUAAUUCCCUCGAAGCAGUUUGCAGGCGACCUCCCGGCCUCGUUCGUGCACAACUACUCGCACUGGCUCAACCUGGCGACGAACGAGAUUGAGUUCCGACCGAUUGAUACCCCAUGGGUGUCAUCUCCCGAGACGAACUGGAUCUUGACAUCUUUGUCUCGACGACGUCGAGUUCUUAUCAAGGACGGAACGCAAGUCAUCGAACCGUCUAGCGCAACAGCUACGGCCCUGCUGUCAGCCCUGUGCCCCAUCGAGACUUUACACCACCUGGACAUUAUCUACCAUCCUUCCCAAUCCGCCCAAUCCGCCCAAUCCGCCCAAGCAAACCAACCACCCCGUGUGGUCGUCGACCUCCCGCGUUUCUCCCUCACCUUCACCCUUGACCACGGCGCAUCCGUUAUCCAGUCCAAAAACUACGCCAGCAUGGCCUUGGACACUAACCGCAGCGCUGGGACUCUGAUCGGCCUACACAGCAAACUCGUCCUCCAAGAACAAAACAUCCACCCCCCCUGCACCCCGCGCCGACUGGUGCUCGUCCCCCGACAACCCAUGCUUACAUGCACACACGACCACCACGUUCACGUAACAGCCGACAAUACUUCAGAUGGAGUCAACAUCCGCAUUAAACACUCCACCUUCACCAUCGACCCCCUUCUCGGCCGGCUCGUCCCUACCGGGUCCCUCUCGAGCCGGUUGACCCUGUGCUACUUGCACGCGAUAACUUCACAUUGCCUUCCUGACCCUUUGACUGGUCGUACAGGCACGGAGGAAUCCCUGCGGAUCCUGCGCUCGGCGGCGGUGAAGUCGUUCGCGCGGCUGGAUGGGGAGUCGCUAGGGUUGUUGCGGUGCAUCGCUGGGGUAUCGCCCGUGAGGAGGUUUUACCCGGAGCAUAAGCAGGAUAUGGAGCAGGUGCGCUGGGAUAAGCGGUUGCCGGUGUUGAGCCAGCAUGAGGCGUUUGAGGGGGAGGUGGAGGGGAUAUUGGCGCAUGCGAGGGAUUGUGAGCUGUUGUGGCAGGGGGAAGAGGAGAACAGCGGGGGACUGGGUGUGACUGGGUUGGUGUUGGCGUCGUCUAAGGUGUCACAUCCGUUCUUGGUACAGAGGGCCAAGAUCAGGAAUGCUGUGUUUCGGGUGUCGGAGUUUGGGGCAGAGGAACAUACUACUGCGUUGGACGGGAAGUACGGCGGGAGGAAGUGUACAUCCACAUUCCCAUCUACAACCACGGCCUUCAAAAACGCCACGAUGGUAACCAAGCGCCUCUGGGCGGGCACAGCCGCCCCCCUUGCCCCCCCGGCUGACACAUUGCGACAGGUCAUCCUUGAUUUUACCACCAAAAAGUUCGGUGGAAAGGCCUGCACACCAGUCAACCUGACCUUCACCAUGGACCACCUCGAACCCCUCAACAAAGUCCUCAGCGGGCAAUGGUACGGCCUCUGCGCCGCUCUCGCAGCGACGAGAUCGGAAACAGACCCCAAACCGUUCCAGCUAGCCUUCUUUCUGUCCGCCCUGCUGCACGCCAAAGCAGCCUCCUGGGAAAUGGUACAGCUGCUCAUGGUCCUAGGUAACCUCCCCCCCGACUCGCCGAUACACCAAAAGUUACUCCACCCGCCAGACGAACAGUCCUUCAACCUCAACUACAGCCGGUCCUCGCUCGAGAGCAAGGUCCGCGGAAUCGUCCACACACAUGCUAGACCGCUAUCUAGCUGUCCCGAGGCGCGCUUAGUGCGCGAGGACAACGAGAGCAAGAACGCGGCCAAGCGCCGGCGGGCUGAGGCAUGGGGGAGCGCCUCGACCAGCGCACAAGAUCGUUUUGUGGAGGACCUGAAGAAGCAGUGGGUUAAAGGCUGGCAGGUGGAGCGACCGACGGGUGAGGGGUACGAGGUAUAUCUGGAUACGUCCGUGAUAAUGCCCAGGGUGCAUGACGCAGUGGAUCUGGCGCGACGGACGGAGCGGUGGGAGUGCUAUUUGGAUGGGCUCGUGCGGGAAAUGGGGAAUCUGACGGUGACGCCGGGACGACCGGUUGAGAUUGAGGACCUGUCGGAAGAUGACCCGGCGUAUGCGCCGCGGGUAGGCUUUGUUCGGGCCGACAGUUUGUUUACCUCUGCUUCUGCCCCCGAGACUCAGCGGCCAGUGCCGCGGGGUAUACUUGGUGGGAACUACAACAACAGCGUACAGCUCGAUGACAGCCCCUCGCUGGAUGGUUUGUUCGCCCGGCUGGAGCACAUCGCGGGGGACCAGCCGUAUCAGAGGGAUUAUAUCCGUGAGUUGCGGGCGAGCUACACUGGACGCCUGACGCAGGGAGUAACUCCCUCGACAGAGAUGGACAUCCCCAUGGACGCAGACCUGGACCCAGCAACAAACCCGGAAACCUACUUCCUCCACUGCCAGAAAGAAACCUCUACCAUCUACCAGCUGAUUAACAACGCUCUAAUCGCCCUCAACCCCCUUGAUUUCCGGUCCAACAUCCACCCACGCCUCACUCCCCUCUUUCUCUUGCAGAACCUCGCCCACGACCACUGGCCGCGUUUGCCGCAGCCUUGGAAGGCCGCUCUCGUUCACUAUGCCCUAUCACUAGUAUACCUCCAGCGGGCCGAACGGAUUCUACGGGCGGCAAGGGGCAGUGAGGCUAAGAAGGCGGACUUGAAGAGGGAAUUGGGGAGCUGGGGGAGUCAUGAACACUUUGAACAGGGUUGGGAGCAGGCCCCGGAAGAUUUGCUGCUAGAAGUCGAACAGGGGAUACUCAUUCGGCCUGUGCAGCGGUACAUUGCGGCUCAGAUGCGCUCUCCGUUUUCUGCUGUGACAGACACCCCCAACGCCGUCAUGCAACUCAAUAUGGGUGAAGGCAAGUCUUCCGUGAUCGCCCCGCUCGUCGCCGCCUCGCUGGCCGACAGGACCCGACUGGUACGCGUGGUUGUCGCCAAACCGCAGUCGAAGCAGAUGUGGCAUACACUUGUUGGCACGCUGGGCGGACUGGUGGGACGGAGGGUAUUCUGUUUGCCUGUGUCACGGUCUUUGGAUUUGUGUUCUUCUUCCUCUUCGUCGUCGGCAGGGGGCAUCGCCGUCAUUAGGCGGGUGCUAGAGGCGUGUCAAAGGGAAGGCGGGGUGCUGCUGGUGCAGCCGGAGCAUUUGUUGAGUUGGCGGUUGAUGGGGGUCGAGGAGGUGUAUUCUGCGGAUACUGACUCUGAUAAAAAUACCGCGUCCGAGAUCCUGAACGUCUACCGUAAAUUCGAAGACGCAGCCCGCGACAUUGUCGACGAGAGCGACGAAAACUUCAGCGUCAAGUUCGAGCUGGUGUACACCAUGGGCCUGCAGCAGCCCGUAGACAUGAGCCCCGACCGGUGGACCCUAACCCAGAACCUGCUGGACGUCGUCGUCGACGUGGCCCGAAAUCUUAAGUCUCACGAACCUGGUCUCAAGGGCUUGCUGGUCGAGGAACUGCCCGGCAGCAAAUUCCCCACGCUCCGCAUCCUGGAACCAUCCGCCGGCAUCCGCCUUGUCACGGCCAUCGCCGAACACAUCUGCCGCGGCGCCGCCAGCCUCCGCGGCUUCUCCACCCCCCAUCAGCUCCCACACCACAUGCAAGAGGCCAUUUUACAAUACGUCCUCUCUCCGUCCCCUACCCUAUCCCAAAUCACAACCGUCGAAAGCCUCUUCACCUCCUCCACCACCAAAUCCACCCUCCUCCUCCUCCGCGGUCUCCUCACCCUCGACUCGAGCAUCCUCAACUUUGCCCUCGCCCAAAAGCGGUACCGCGUCCACUACGGCUUGGCACCCGGUCGCCUGCCCGCAACCUCCUUAGCCGUCCCCUACCGCGCCAAAGACGCCCCCGCGCCACGUUCCGAGUUCAGCCACCCGGACGUUGUGAUAGUUCUGACCUCUCUCAGCUAUUACUACAAGGGUCUCACCGAUGAUCAGUUGUAUGUCUGUUUUCAGCGACUGGCCCGGUCAGAUGGGGCGGAGGAUGAAUAUGCCCGUUGGGCGGCUGCCGCACCCCCUGAGUUGCUAAGCCCAACACUGAGGCAUUUCUCGGGGGUCAAUUUGAAGGAUGAGACGCUCUGUCGGGGGACUGUGUUCCCCGCGCUGAGGUUUGCUAAGCCGGUGGUUGAUUAUUAUUUGGCGGGGGUGGUAUUCCCCAAGGAGCUGCGAGAGUUUCCGAAGAAGUUGUCUGCCUCGGGGUGGGAUUUGGGAAGAGCCAAGAAACAUCCAUUGACGGGGUUUAGUGGGACAACAGAUUCCAAGUAUGUCCUGCCGCUGUCCGUGCGGGCGCUGGAUUUGGAGGCGCAGCGACACACGAACUCGGCGGUGUUGGCAUGUUUGCUAAGAGGGGAGAAUCAUGUGUUAGAGCUGGGACUUGGAGAGACGAUGACGGAAAGGGACGAUGAGCAGUUGGCGUCGUUGACGGUGGAUAUGCUCCUGGACGCGGUCACGUCUUCUUUUUCGUCUGCCCAGCCGAUGCGGGUGAUCUUGGACGUCGGCGCGCAGAUUAUUGAGUUGAGCAACCUGGAGGUGGCCAAGCGCUGGAUGGAUCUGGUGCCGGUGCCCGAUGCCGACGCUGUCAUCUUCUUCAACGACCACGACGAGCUGUCAGUUGUCACGCGCGAUGGAGCCGUUGACGCCUUUUUGACGUCUCCCUUUGUCACACAGACCGAUCGCUGUCUGGUGUUUCUUGACCAGGCGCAUACCAGGGGAACGGAUCUGCGGUUGCCGGAUGAGUAUCGCGCUGCUGUUACGUUGGGGCCGGGGGUCACCAAGGAUACGCUUGUGCAGGCUUGCAUGAGGAUGCGCAAACUUGGCAAAGGCCAAUCCGUAACCUUCUGCGUCUCGCCCGAGAUGCAAAAGCGCAUUCGCGCCCUCGCCUCUGUCCAAACCACUCGCCCCCUCACCGUCACCGACAUCCUGGUGUCCGCCAUCGCCGAGACCUGGGACGACGUCCGCCGCAGUCUGCCCCUCUGGGCCACACAAGGUCUCCGCCACCAGCAUCAGGAAGUUGUCUGGGAGCGGAUCCUGCGCACCGGUCAGCUUUCGACCAAAGACGUGCAGGACUACCUCGAGGACGAGGCUCAGACUCUCGAGGCACGUUAUCGGCCUGUUCCUCAACGCCAAACUCAAGAUCAAGAAGACCAAGAAACCACCAGCGCGACACCGUCCGAAAGUUUAUCCCACAAACUGUCCUCCGCCACACAUCUGAAAAGCCGCACGCACCAAGUCACCCAAAUCCGGAACCGCUGCAUCUCCUUCGGCGGCCUCGCCACCCUCGACACAACAGGCGCCCUGCAAGAAGAGCAAGAACGCGAACUAGCCCCCGAAAUCGAGCGCGAGCGCCAGGUCGAGCGACCUCCCCCCCAAACCCCGGCAAAACACAACCUUCACCCGGGCGUGCGGUCCUUCGCGCUGACCGGCGUGUUCCCCUCUGAGAGUAGCAAGGCGUUUAUCCCCGCGUUCCACAGUCUCGCUUCUACCAGUGCGGCACCCCUGAUGCGCUCGGGCGGGCGUUUCUUCUUCCCUAGCGAUUUGCUCGCGACGGCGGAUUUCGCUACCACUAUUGUGCGCCGCACCGGUGAUGAUGCAUCGUGUUCGGAUGUGUACCAGAGACCGGUGCAGUGGGUGCUUACGCAGCGGGUCCCGAACAAGAUAGGAGGUAUCGCGGGCGGCAUGCGCAUGGUGUUGGUGAGUUCGUGGGAGGCUAAUGAAUUAAAGCCUUUGUUAGAGGCUGCACAUGCCCGGGCUUCACUUUCGUCCUCAGCCUCAACAUCAACAUCCACAACACAUCCAUCAUCAGUCACAUCGCCACACCCCGUCUUUCUCCGCGCGUACCUCCCGCGCUCCAGUCUCGCGUACCCGUCUCUCGAGGACCUGACGCUGUACACUAUUCCCCACACCAGCCCAGCGCCGCAGAUGGGAAUACAGCAAGGGGACAUGGGAAUACCACCCAGCCUGUUACGGGCUCAGCUGAAUUUGUUUGCGGGGCAGCUGUAUCUGCGGUCGUACGCCGACUACGUUUGGCUGUGUACCUACCUCGGUUUGUCGUAUCGCGCGAAUGAUCGCAAGGUUGAGGGAAACCACGAUGAAGAGCAGGACGGCAGCAGCAGCAGUGACACUAGCAGCAGUGGCAGUGCAGGAACAGGAAUGAUCGCGAGAGCAGACGGCUUCGUCGGCCGCUUCGGUGGCCCAAUGUACGCCCGGUAUUGUCCGUUUCAGACCAGCCCUGUUGGCUUCCUGGCGGUGUUGUACAAGCGCGUGAGACGGGAUUGUCUGGAUAUUGAGAGGACACAUAUGGGUCGGAUACUAGCGGGGGAUAUUUUACGGGAGAAGGAUUUUGAGGGGGUUUCUGGCUCGUUUGAUGAGGAAGAGGAGACAAAGCGGAAGAGGUGA